CUGUUAUCAGAUUUUCUCACCUUUCUUUUAUUUUAAAUUCGAAAUGAUGGAAGCUUUGACUCCUGUGAAAUCACCUACUUUGCCUAAAAAAAUGGAAACCGUAUCAGCUACUGAAUGCGCUAACUGCGGUACAACUACGACUCCUCUCUGGAGAAGAGGUCCAAAUGGUGAAACAAUAUGUAACGCUUGUGGUCUUUAUCUCAAAGCAAGAAAUACAUUAAGACCUCCUAGUUUAAAAAGGACAAACAAAAAGGAAAAGGCGGUUAAUGACUGUGGUGGUGGUACAUGCCCUGGUGGUGGUCAAUGUAAUGGUACAGGUGGUUCUAGCUCUUGUGCUGGUUGCCCUGCUUUUAAUCAGCAUCAAGUGAACCGGCAAGCACUUAUUUGUGCAAAUUGUAGAACUACGACUACCCCACUCUGGAGAAGGGAUGAAGCAGGGAAUACUAUCUGUAAUGCUUGUGGUCUUUACUAUAAACUUCAUAAUGUUCAUAGACCUGUUAGUAUGAAACGAAGUGUCAUCAAACGAAGAAAAAGAAUCAUCAUCUCUCAAGGAAGUGAUGCAGAAGAAGAUGACGACAAUGAAUCAAAUAUUCCCGAAGAUGAAAACAACGAUAUAAAGCGCUUCAAGAAAAAUGCCGAAGUUCCAGAAAUUGAAGAUUAUGUCGUAAAGAAGAAGACCCCUACGGAUACCAAUAUAGACAGAAUUAAUUUCACUCCCCCCAUGGAAGAUACACAUCGUGACACUGCUAGUACGCUUUUACCCUUUGAACAGCUUAGAAAUCAAGAAUUCAACAACAACAAUAAUAAUAAUAAUAAUAACAUGGACCGCAGUUCUUCAUUAUUACCCCCUAUAUCAUCUGAACGCAAGUCUUACAAGCUGGAAUCAUUAUUUCACAGAGAAUCAUCAGCAAAUGUUCUACCAUCAAUAUCCCUUCCUCCUUUAUCGUCUUCGCCUCCUUUACCUCCAUCAUCUACUCCUCAACAAAAUAAAUCUCAACAACAUCAACCUCAACAACAGCAUCGCCUUACUAUGUCAUUAUCACCACCAUUACCACCUUCUAUUCAUCGACAGCCUCUUUCUGUUCGUUCACCUAGUCCGAUGGAACAAAGGGGAUAUGAAUUAGCAGAGUUUGAUAUGGCAUUAGACAAGCUAGAACAUUUAAGAAGACAAGUUAGACCAGAGCAAGCUUAUGCGCUAUCUCAAUUAACAAAUGCGCUUACCGAUUUAGCUACAAAGGCAGAAGUCAUCUUAUCGUUAGACUCAUUAUCUUAUAGCCAAUAAUUCAUCUAUUCCCCCCCCCCUCUUUGUUUUUCUCCCUGAUACUCUUUGUUCUUUUAAUAACUUGUAAAUAUACAUGACCAUCUCUCUCCUUUCUCUUUUUUUAAAGUAUUAGCAUUUUGUUGACAAAUAAGGGGGAAGAAGCCAUAUGCUGCAAGUCAUUUAUAUCAACUGAAGCACACAUCAAGUUGACAGUUCAGAGAUGCAUAAAAAAUAAGCUCAUCAAAGAUUAUUCAGGAGCUUGCAUGCCAUCUAAAUUACAUAUAUUAUUACAAAUGAGCCCAUAAAGUAAAUCUUUUAUAUGCACUUUUUUCAGAAAUUAC